AUGUCUAAUAUUGAAGAAGAAUUCUUAAAGAUCGAAAAAGAAUGUGCUUGGAAUACAAUAUUUAAUAAAAUUGCGAAUGAUCAUUAUAUGAAAACAUCCCACAAAAAAUAUGAUACUGCGCUGUUCAAUGUAAACCGUGCAUUAAAUCGAUUUCGUGAUGUUUUACCAUACGAUGAUACACGUGUUUGUUUAACACAAGGUUCAAAUGAUUAUAUCAACGCAAGUUAUGUUCAAGUACCUGCUGCCAAUCGAAAAUACAUUCUUACACAAGGACCCCUUCAAACAACAUCAGGGCAUUUUUGGCAAAUGGUUUGGGAACAAAAUAGUCGCGUUAUUAUUAUGUUAACUCAUUUAGUAGAAAAAGGAUGUAAUAAAUGUUGGUUAUAUUAUCCGGAUUAUCAAAAUGAUAGUGAAAUAAAAUUUGAUGAUGUAGAUUUGAAAGUAACAUUCAUAUCCGACAGACAGUAUCGAUAUUAUACUCAAAGAAAAUUCGAACUAAUAAAUCUUUCAACAGGUGAAUCUCGUCCUAUAAUUCAUUGGUCCGAUUUUGAUUGGCCAGACCAUGGUGCUCCAAAGAAUCCAGAACCAUUUUUGCAAUUACUUGGCGAUGUCCGUCAUUGCGGUGCUUUUGAUGUUCGAUAUGGUCCACCGAUUCUUCACUGUAGUGCUGGUAUUGGUCGAUCGGGUACAUUUGUACUUGUUGAUUCAAUUUUAAAAAUGUUGCCUCAUACACAAACACCUAGUGAUGUAUCAUUAAUGGAUGUUCUCGCUCAUAUUCGUAUGCAACGUUAUGGAUUAAUUCAAACACCAGAACAAUUAAGGUUUUCGUAUAUUGCUGUUAUUGCUGGUUUGAAAAUUCUCAAUGAAAUCGAACAAACAGAAGGAUCAUUUAUAGAAUGUAGUUUUAAUUUAUCAAGUGACAGUGAAAGCGAUGAUGAUGACAAAAAUAAUUUUAAUUCUAAAAGAUAUCCAAAAGUAUGUCGCAGACAAGAUAAUGUAAUGCCAAAUGGCCGUUUAAGUGACGUGUUUGAAGAUAUCAAUUGUGAAUUAAUCAAAAGAGUUGAUUCAAAUGCAAGUAGUUAUCAACCUUCGCCAAAAUCAACGCGUCGUUUACAAUCAAUGUCGGGAUCAAAAUUAUCAUCCGAAGAUUUAAAACAAUUAUCUUCACCAUCAAAAAUUGUUACUCCACAUGAUGUAGAAACAUCUCUACGCCUUCGUCAGGAACGUUUAACACGUAAUGACGCUAUUGGAAAAAAAGUCAAUGAGAUGAAAACAAAAUUACGCGAACAAUCUUCUUCUAUGUUCACAAAUAAUGAUGGAACAUCGCUGUUCAAACUCUUGACAACGAAAUAUCGUCGUCCGGUAUUUAUUGGUAUAUUAACAUUAUUUACUGGUUCAUUGAUGUUAUAUAAGUAUACUUCGAAUAAUGAUCGUAAUCAUUGA